AUGGGAAAAUCCAAGUCGAGCGAAGGGAAUCGGUGGCUGAAGUGAGUUCUCGGCCAUGCGUCCGAUCGGAGGAAUUCGAGUGGUUCAGAGAUCGCAACGGUUUCGAAGAGGAGCUGCUGGCGUUGGCCGACGAUGCGAGCAUUAUGUACGAGAGCGCGUUGGACCUGCUCAAAGGACUACAGUAUUUUUCGAAGAACGUCGGUGAAGACGAGAAGAAGCAUCCGUACGGGAAGGCGGCGAAGGCUGCCAAGACCUACGGAGGCGGGGUGAGACACAAAAACCCUACUGUUUCCGAUGUUCUGCUCUUCAGAUGAAAGUUCCGAGUGCUUCGUUCACAUCGGGCGCCGAGCAGCUGACCAAGCUUCACGGCGCUUGCGAGGGGCUCAAAGAGCACAUCGGAUCGACGGUGCUCGCCAAAAUGAUCAGCUUCAAGGACAUUGAGUGCAAAGAGUGCGAUAUGCAGAUGACGAUGCUCAAGAAGGCGCACAACGACUACUACAAAAAGAAGAAGGCGAACGCGGAGCAAGUGGCGCUGGAUGCCGCCGAAGCGAGUCUCAAAAAGCUGCUGGAAGACGCGAAGAGCCAGCUGAACAAGUUCAACAAGGCCGGUCAGGAUCUGAUGAACCAGAUGUCGACGGACAUGAAAACCGGAUUCGAUGCUUACUGCGAUGCGGGAUCUGCGUGA